UUUUUUUGUAUUGUUUAAGAUUAGUUCCUUCGCCUGUAAUUUGUGUAUAUAAUUGUUAUUUAUAAAUACUGUUGUGCUGGAAAAUAUAAAAAUCAUACAAAUAAGUCGGUUUAUAGUGAGUAAACAGAGAAAACUAUGCAAUUAUCUAUGUCGUGUGUAAAAGGUAGAUACUUGUUUUCUUUUAGUCUUUGAAAUCAAUGCUUUAAUAAUGUGGCAGAGAACUUUUAUGACUAUCCAAAAAGCCUACAGACCGAUUCAUCGGGCACCGAUAAUAUAUAUUGCAUUAUUACAUACUAACACCUACCAUUGGAAGUAUUACGAAAUAGUAAAUCAAGAUAUAACCUCGAAACUUUCAUUAAUUGCUUCAAGAAAAAUUCAUUACAGAAAGAAAAUCACUGAAGAAAAGAAGGAAACUAAAGAUGUCUAUAAUUCAUUUACAUAUAGAACACAUACUUGUGGUGAAUUGAGACCAGAUCAUGUUGGCAAGAAUGUAGUUUUAUGUGGUUGGGUUCAGUAUCAAAGAUUAUCAAAGUUUUUACUUUUACGAGAUGCUUACGGCAUAACCCAAUGUGUUGUUACAGAAAAUAAUAACCUUUCUGACAUACCUUUGGAAACAGUGGUAAAAAUAAAAGGCAUUGUAGUCUCGAGACCGAAGGAUAUGUUCAAUCCUAAAAUGCCUACUGGACAGAUUGAAGUAGUUAUUGAAGAUUUACAAAUAUUGAAUACAGUUCAUAAAUUACCAUUUAACUUGAGAGAUUAUCAGAAACCUAAGGAGCAGUUGAGAUUGCAACAUCGUUACAUUGACUUGCGUUUUCCAGAGAUGCAGAAUAUUUUAAGAACAAGAUCACAUAUGCUUCAUUGCAUGAGAAGGUUUCUCAUUGAAGAUUAUGGUUUUGUUGAAGUGGAAACACCAACAUUAUUCUGUCGUACUCCUGGUGGUGCGAGAGAGUUUGUUGUUCCGACACAUUAUUCUGGUCUAUUUUAUUCUUUAGUGCAAAGUCCACAACAGUUUAAACAGAUGUUGAUGGUUGGUGGUGUCGACAGAUACUUCCAAGUUGCCAGAUGCUAUAGAGAUGAGACCACCAGACCAGACAGGCAACCGGAAUUCACACAGUUAGAUAUUGAACUUUCAUUCACAAACUUAGAUGGAGUACUGGAUUUGAUUGAGCAGUUGUUGUAUCAUACAUUCAUUGAAGAUCUCCUAAAACCACCUUUUAGGAGAAUGACAUACAAAUAUGCUUUAGAACAUUAUGGGACUGAUAAACCUAACAUUACUUAUGAUUUACAGUUUCAAAGUAUCAAACAUCUAUUUAGUAAUAAAUCAACAGAUGUUAAUUUUGGAGCAUAUGCAUUGCCAUACACUAGUCUAUUAGGUAAACUUACAUCCAAAUAUAAAGAAAGCAUCAGGGAAAUGGCAAAGAGAUAUGGUGUGGAAGUGGUUUUAAAUGAAAAUGCAAAUAAAGAAUUUGGUAAUGAUUUUAUAAGCAAGUUAAAUCUGGACCAGGAAUCCUCAGUGAUUGUUUCCAUUGGAAAUAAUGAAAAUGCAUGCUUAUGUUUAGGAGAGAUCAGAGAGAUGAUAGCUUCCCUGUUAAAGAUAAAAAAUUUAUUAAAAACACAAAAUGAAAUCCAACCAUUGUGGAUUGUUGAUUUUCCAUUGUUUGUAAAUGGUGAAAAUGGUUUAGAAAGUUGUCAUCAUCCUUUUACUGCUCCGCAUCCUGAAGAUAUAGAAUUAUUAGACAGUGAGCCUUACAAAGUGAGGUCAUUGGCUUAUGACAUAGUCAUAAAUGGAUGGGAAGUUGGUGGAGGAUCCGUCCGUGUUCACGAUGUAAAUCUACAGAAAAAAAUACUUGAGAUGUUGCAUGUGAAACCUGAUACUUUAUCACACUUCUUAAAUGCUUUGAAAAGUGGAUGCCCCCCUCAUGCUGGCAUAGCUUUAGGUAUUGAUAGAUUGAUAACUAUAGCUUGUAAAACAGAGUCUAUUAGGGAUGUUAUAGCAUUUCCUAAAUCACAUGAAGGUAAAGAUCCUUUGUCUGGUGCUCCAAAUGCAAUAAGUGAAGAAGACAAAAAAUAUUAUCAUUUGCAUUCUUAAUUUUUA